AUGCCCUACGACAUCGAAUCUCAAGACCCCACCUCCCUCGACCUCUACGACACCAACCACACCUCACCCCCCUCUCCAAUCCUCCUCCCAACCCCCAUCUCCAAACGAGCAGCCCGCUUCUCUACCCACAUAUCACCCAACAACAUAAUCUCCCCUUCAGCCUACUACCCCUCGCAACCCAACCUCGGCCCUGUCCCCGCCGUCAUAAAAUCCGCCAACGGGAACCUCUUCUGGGCAGACGAAAGCUGCGUUCGCCGCGUCGGUCUCACAUGCCACGAAGCGCGUCUCUUCCUGCAAUUGCAACUUGGAAAUUACAACUAUGGAGAAUACGCCGAGAUGUUCCAUGCAUUUGGAGAAGAGAAGAAGAAUUUGCAAGAGAGACUAGAGGAAUUACCAUGGUGGAGAGUUGAGAGGAAAAGAGUGUGGGAGAAGAGGGUGGAGUGGUUGGGGAGGUUGGAGGAACCGAGACUUUGGUUGUUGUAUUUGAUGGCGAGGAGAAGGAGGAUUCUGUGGGUGGCUUGUAGGAAGAUUUUGGGGAGAUUGAGGGAGAAGAGGGAUGUAAGGGUAAAGGAUUUGGAAAGUCGGGAGGUGAGAUCGCAGAGAGAUUGGCAGGUUCCGACGAUUAAGUGUCCGAUGGUUUCGACGGGUUCGCAAACUUCGGAUUCAAUGAAGCCCGGGACUUUGAGAUCUUAUUCAGGGGUAUCCGAGGACACACAAACCGGAGAUGUUGCAUCUUCAUUGAUGGAACCAACUUCGAAUAAUAUCUCUCAUCUCAUGCCCUCCGAUCAGCCCUCCUCUCGUCCAGAUAUAAGCAUGAGCACCCACACCCAUAACUCUCACCCCCACUCCCACUCCCACUCCCACAAACCCUCCACCUCCAGUCCACCGCGUCUCUCCACUCAAACAACCCAUACCGAUAGCAAUCCACACUCCUGCCCCAUCUUCACGCGCCCCUUCUCCGCCACUACCACCUCCAUCCGCCUACUCACCGCACUGCUCCUCCCCCCACCAACCCCCUACCUAAUCCUCGGGUACUUCCCCACCUCCACCCUCGAUCCCCACGAAACCUACCUUCCCCUCUCCACCCCCUCAUCCCUCUUCUCCUCUCUCCACCGCGCCGAACAUUCAUUACGCGGAUACCGACGUUUUCUAUCUUUGAAAUCGUUGGCUGGUUUUGGUCUCUAUAAAUGUGAUAUUGAAAAGGGAGCGCAUGUGAAGGUUAUACUGGGGGAAGAGGAGAAAAUGGUGUUGAGGAGGUUUUUUGCGGCGUUUAGGGAUAAAGGGGGGAGAGGGUUGGGAUUGGGGGUGCGGAGGGAGGAGUGGGAUGAGGAUGUGGGAAGGGCUUGGAUGGGGUGGGUGGUGAGUAAUAUGAAUGGGGGGAUGGAGGGGAGUGGGCAGGGAGCAGGGGGACCGUUAGAGGGGAGGUGGAGUUUAGAGUUAGUGUAUGAUUGGUGUCCAUAUCGACUCAGCGCCGUAGUAAUAACUCCAUUACUUCUAAGUUUGGUAGUAGGAACUUGGUACAUGGAAGCGGGCGGGGAUGUAAUAACAGCUUGGACUUUGGCUUUGUAUAUUGUGACGGCUGCUGCGGCCAUCGUUGCACUGUUGGGAAUUAUUGGGAGUUUGAAGGAUGUUGUGGGAUAUGUAGAGGUUCGGUUCUAG